CAGAGCAGGGUGUAUUUAUUUAUUGGUCCUAAGACAUUUUUACCUUAACUAAGGUAUUACAAAUCUUAGCGUGGGUGCAAUUUUUGAUUGGAGCAAUGGGUAAGCACAGAACCGCCCAACAGGAUGCAAUAUUUGUCGCUUUCAUGGAGCGGCAUCCAAUCAUCUCGAAAAACUACCUUAAAGGCGACAAGCAAGCGGCUGAAGCAGCUUGGAAGAGAUUAUCGAAGGAGCUGAACAGUGUAGGCCCCCCUGUCAAGGAGGCCUGUGAAUGGAAACGGGUGUGGAAGGAUUGGAAAAGCUGCAUUCGAAAGAAGAUUACCAAUAACCGGCUGGAGGACUCAAAAGCUAGUGGCAAAGGAUCGCUGUACCAAGAUACCCUCACUCCUUUAGAGGACGCGGUUGCCGUGAUUUGUGACUUAUACGACAUGGCAGACACCAUCGCCGAAGCCCGCCCCAAGAACCAAACUGAAACGUCACCAGGCGUGUCUCUGCGAAGCAUAAAAACUGACCACGACGAUGCAACGCUAUCAGAUAAUGAAGAAUAUGAUGACGAAGAUUGCGGCAACCCCAUUAAUACAAGGAGCUUGGGUGUCACGUUAGAACACCGUUUUAACAACUACACGCCACGAACUACUUCUAAAAAACGAAAACUAGUGGAAGAAAAUACUUCAGAAACUGAACAAGACAGUUCCGUUCCGGUACUCCUGGAUAUUGCCAAGGAACUUCGAGAUUUAAAUAGACAAACCCGCUUAAAUGCUCAGAGAACUGAAGCUAAUACGGAGGCAUUAUUAGCUUUGGGUACUCAGAUAUCAGAUUUAAUGCAACAGCAGUUAAAGGAGCGUAAGCGCCUUAACGGAAUUAUGGAGAAAUUUGUACUCAAAAUGGAAUCCGCAGAAUAAAUCCUAAUUCUUUUUUAAAUAAAUCAUCUUGCCCAUCCACAAUAACACA